AUGAGCGGCGAGGAGCCCACGCUACCGCCGGGCGAGGCGGCGGAGGACCACAAGCGCGAGCGCGAGGCGGAGGAGGUGGCGGCCGACGGCAUCUCAAGCGUCAAGCGCCUUCGCUCCGACGUCGACGGGGCCGCCGCGUCGCCGACGGCAGACGCCGAAUCCGCGGCGCUGGGCGGGCCGGGCGCGCCCGCAGAGGCGGCGGCCGCGGGCGGCGCGGCCACCUACGUAGGCGGGCCUGGCGCGGGCGCCGCGGGUGCCGCGGUGGCUGGCGCCGCGGUGGUCGGCGGCGCAGUUCCGGCGCCCAUCUCGUACGACGCGGCUGCGGCGGGGCUGACGUCGAUACCAAACACGCCGUACUCGUACGACGCGAACGCGGCCGGCCUGACCGCCUCCCCGGCCGCGGUGACGGGCGACCUCGCGAGCCAGGUGCUCAAGCUGCUCGUUCCGGAGAAGGAGACGGGCAACGUGAUCGGGCGCGGCGGCGAGCGCCGCGCCCCGCCGCCCGGCUACCCGUACGCUCCCCACGCCCACGCGGCGCCCCCGCACCCCGGCGCCUUCCCUCCGCCCGGCGGCGCCGCGGCGGCCGCCGCCGCCGCCCUCGCCUCUGGCGGACCUGGGGCUGCGGCGGCUGCUGCUGCUGCUGCUGCUGCUGCGGCGGCGGCAUACCCUUACGGAGUGCACCCGGGGUACCCGCCGCAGCAGCAGCAGCCGCAGGUCGUUGCGCCGUACGGGACCGCUAACGCGUCGGGAGGGUCAACUUCGGAGCAGAUUUCGCUGCCGGACCGCUUCGUGUCUGGGCUGAUCGGGCGCGGCGGGACGAGCAUCAACAGCCUGCGAAUAGUUAAUAAGUACUUAGUCAUUAACUGGCGCGGCGGCACCAGCAUCAAGGACCUCAGCAUGCGGUCGGGCACGCGCAUCCACGUCUCGCAAAAGGGCGAGCCGAGCCCCGCCCCGCGCUACCCUCUUGCUGAUUGGCGAGCCGAGCCCCGCGAGCGCGUCGUGACCGUCACCGGCACGCCCGCCGCCGUGCAAAAGGGCAAGGAGAUCAUCUGGCACCGCGUGCGCGAGAUCGAGUCGGAGGGGGCGGCGCGCGCGGGCAUCGGCGGCUACAACCCGGAGACCGCGUACGGCGGCCAGGCCUACAAGCCGCCGCCGCAGCCGGCACACUUGGUCAACCACCCGCAGUACCAGGGAGAGCUCAACCCGCUGCCCUACAACCCCGCCGCCCCGGGGGCGGCGCCGAUGCCGGCCUCUGUUCCGGGCAGCUUCGACCCGGCCGCGUACGCAGCGCAGCCCGGCACGGGCCUUGCGGUCGCCGUCGCGGGGACGGUUCCACCGCAGGUGGCUGGCGCGUACGGCGGGAGCGCGUGGGGCGGCGGACUCUCCCAGAGCGCGUUUGGCGGCGCGAGCGGGUACAGCUGGUGA